AUGGCAUUUGCAUAUGAACAAUUUCUUCUUUUGUUGAUGGAUUUCUCAACAUGUUUCUCAUCAACUAGCAGCAAUUCAUCUGUUAAACCUGAAAGACUGGUCUUCAGACUCAUUCACCCUGGCUCAAUUCAUCAUCCCCACUACAAGCCACAUGCAACAGCUCAAGACCGAAUUCAACUUGAUAUCCAACAAUCAGCAGCACGUUUAGCCUACAUACAAGCAAGGAUAGAAGAUAGCUCCACGGCUUCAGGAACAUAUGGUCGUGAUACUGUUGUCUUUGAGACAACUGAUGAAGGUACCUCUAAAAUAUUAUAUGUACUAUUUGGAUGUGGCCACUAUAUUGGAUACAAUUCAGAUCCAGGACACAAUGGAAUACUAGGACUAAACAGUGCAGCUGAAUCUUUGGCAACAAAAAUUGGUAGAAAGUUUUCUUACUGCAUAGGCAACCUGGAUGACCCUCAUUACAAUUACAACCAACUGGUAUUAGGUGAAGGGGCAGAUCUUGAAGGUUUUUCCAUCCCUUUUGAAGUCCACAAUGGCUUUUAUUAUGUCACCAUGGAAGGCUUUAGUAUAGGGGAGAAAAGGCUUGACAUAACUCCAGGAACUUUUGAGAUAAAAAAGAAUGGCACAGGAGGAGUCAUCAUUGAUACAGGCAGCACUAUCAGCUACCUAGUUGAUGAUGUGCAUAAACUAAUCUACAAAGAAGUUAGAAAUCUCAUUGGUUGGUCCUUUAGAGGAGCAACAAUUGAAAAUUCCCCAUGGAUGUUGUGUUAUUAUGGUAGUAUCAGCAAAGAUCUAGCUGGGUUUCCAGUGGUUACAUUCCAUUUUUCUGAAGGAGCAGAUUUGACUAUGGAUUCUGGAAGCUUUUUUAGUCAAGUCAGUAAUGACAUAUUCUGCAUGACUGUAGGUCCAGCCAGUAACAUCGACAUUAAAAGUAAGCCUUCAAUUGUUGGAUUGUUAGCCCAACAGGGCUACAACGUGGGAUAUGACCUUGUUAAUAACUAUGUUUACUUUCAAAGAAUUGAUUGUGAACUUCUUAGUGGUUGA